CCAUUGUCUCGAUCAACUUCUUUAAAAGCGGCAGUGACAUCCCGCUCCGCUUCUGUCCGUCUUCCUUCCUUCUUCGAUCUGUGGUGAAAGAUAGGUUACAGCAGUCCGGGAUCUCUUGGUAAGAAAUGGCCCCUAAAACCGUAAAAAAGGCUCUAUCCGACGCGUUGGAGGACCUGACAAAGGAGGACUUCGAAAAGUUCCGCGCCGAGCUCCUCGACCGCAGAGAAGAGCCGCGCGUCAGACGCAACAGGGUCGAGGGGAAAAACUACUUGCAAAUCGCCGACGUCCUGGUUACACAUUUCACCGAGGACCGAGCUCCUGCAGUGGUUGUGGAGAUAUUGAAUGUGAUCGGGUGCUCCAGGGAUGCAGCCUGUCUAGAGAAAGAGAUUAGUGGAGUAUCCUCAAAACCUGGUUCCGGUGACACUGCAGCACCCUCAGGUGGAACAACUGGUGUGGAUACCACGGCCGACGGCAAGCACUUUGUGGAUAAACACAGAACCAAGCUGAUCGAGAGAGUGAGCAACAUUGCAGUCAUUCUGGAUGAACUCCUCGAUCAGGGUGUCCUCCAAGAAGAGAUGUAUGAUAAAAUCAGGCUGCUGCCUACCUGUCAGGAGAAGAUGAGGGCGCUCUACUCUGGUCCCCUGAAAGCUGGUGGAGUCUGCAAAGAUAAAUUCUACAACAUCCUUGAGGAUAAAGAGCGGUAUCUAGUUGAGGAGCUCAAGAAAAUGAAGUGAUUGUUAUAAUGAAAUCUAUUUUUACACCAAA